AUGCUCCGCCUUGCGGAUGAGGUACUCGCGGCGUUCGUGGAGGAAGGUGGCAUCAGCGGCCUCCUGGAGUUCUGGAGUAGCGGUGAUCACCAAGGUAGGUUCAGGAGGAGGAGGGCCAGGGGGAAUGGAGGGAGGAGGGGUUUCACCGGGGUGAACGGGUGCCGUGGGCUGAAGAGCGUGCGGGCGGCGGAGGAGGACGUCGAGGACGCAGUAAGGCGCACUCCUCCGGCUGCUGCUGCUGCUGCUGCCACUGCCGCUGCCGCUGCCGCUACUGCCGCUGCUGCUGCUGCCGCCGCUACUGCCGAUGCUGCCGCUGCUGCCGCUGCUGCCGCUGCUGCCGAUGCUGCCACUGCUGCCGCUGCUGCUGCCGCUGCUGCCGCUGCUGCCGCUGCUGCCGCUGCUGCCGAUGCUGCCGCUGCUGCCGCUGCUGCCGCCGCUGCCGCUGCUGCCGCUGCUGCCGAUGCCGCCGCUGCUGUCGCUGCUGCCGCUGCUGCCGCUGCUGUUGUCGUUGCUGCUGAAGCGGCUGCCGCGGCGGCAAAAUCCGCAGGGGGCGGUGUGGGCAGGCGGGGACAAGGAGGCACCGCGGCGGGAAGCGCGGGUGACGACGGUGAGGUCGCGGCGGCGGGGAUGCGGGCGGCUGGCGGUGCAGUCGUGGCGGCGGAAAUUGCGGGAGCGGCGGCGGGGGGAGGCGACGAGGUGAAAUCGCGGCGGUGGGACGGGCAGGGGGCGCCGAGCAGGUCGCGGCGGCGGGAUGCGGAGGCGCGACGCGGCGACGCGAAGUCGCGGCGGCGGGGCGUGCAGGCGGCGACGCUAGGUCGCGGCGCGGGACGUGCAGGCGGCGACGGUAGGUCGCGGCGGCGAGACGUGCAGGCGGCGACAGAAGGUCGCGGCGGCGGGGGCGCGCAGGCGGCGACGCGAAGUCGCGGCUGCGGGGCGUGCAGGCGGCGACGCGAAGUCGCAGCUGCGGGGCGUGCAGGCGGCGACGCGAAGUCGCGGCGUCUGGACGGGCAGGCGGCGACGAAGCGUCGCGGCGGCGGGAAGGGGAGGCGACGACGGGGCGUCGCGUCGGAGGGAUGGGCAGGCGGCGCCGAAGUAGGCGCGGCGGCGGGAUGUGCAGGCGGCGCCGAAGUAGGCGCGGCGGCGGGAUGCGCGGGCGGCACCGAAGUAGGCGCGGCGGCGGGAUGCGCGGGCGGCGCCGAAGUAGGUGCGGCGGCGGGAUGCGCAGGCGGCGCCGAAGUAGGUGCGGCGGCGGGAGGGGGGCGGCGACGAGAGGUCGCGGCGGUGGGAAGAGCAGGCGGCGACGAGGCGUCGCGGCGGCAGGAUGCGCAGGCGGCGCCGGAGGAGGUGCGGCGGCGGAAGGGGGAGGCGGCGACGGGGGGUCGCGGCGACGGGAGGAGGGGGGGAAGCGAUGAUGCGCUCGCGGCGGUGGGAUCCGCAGGCAAGGAGGGCGCAAUCUCGGCGGGGGGAGGGAACGGCGGCGACGGUGUAGGUCGCGGCGAGGGUAUGCUAGGUUGA